UUUCCACCUCUGAAAAUAGCCCUCUCAGAAGGAAGGAAGUCGUUGUUAUUAGGCUGUGAGAUUUUCCUCCGGACCUUACCAGCAGUAUCAUGACUUCUUCACUAGCUGCGCAAAUACACUAGUCUUCCAAGGAUUACAGUGAUACAGAAUCAUCAAAGUACAACAUCUUCUUCAUCUGCAUGCAUCAACAAUGAGAACACAGGCCUUGUGGUUUUAUGCAGUCUGCUGCAAUGUGCUAAAUGUUCACUCCACUCCAUGGACUCUUGAAGUGCCACAAACAGUAUCAGCAGUGAAGGGGUCUUGUGUUGUGGUUCCCUGCAAGUUCAAUUACCCAGGACCUGAAAGGAAGGCAGAUCUGACAGGAAAAUGGCACAUGACAAGCCACGACCAUAUUGUUUACCACCCUGAGCCCUCCAAAGUAAUGGGACAAUUCAGAGGCCGGACAGACUUGGUUGGAGAUCUUGCAAGAAAUAACUGUUCACUGAUAAUUAAGAGCCUGGAAAAAAAUGACAAAGGCCCAUUUAUUUUUAGGAUAGAGAUUUCUAAAUUGGAUAAGUACUCUUACACAGAGUACCAGGUCUCCAUUGAUGUUCAGGACGCUCCAGCCACCCCCAUGCUGAGUGUGAGCAGGGAGGUGAAAGCAGGUGAAGCUGUGACUGCUACCUGCACUGCGUCUCACUCCUGCCCCACUGACCUUCCUCACCUCGUCUGGAGCCACACCGGAACACCCAUCGUCCAAUCAGAGGCGCUGUCCAAUGGCCAAUGGAGAGUGACCUCAAACCUAACCUUCACUGCCACACCCUCUGACCACGGCAGGCAUCUGGUCUGCACAGCACAGUAUCAGCAAAAUAAAAAAGUGCAGUGUGAAAAAAGUUUGAUUGUGAAAUAUGCCCCAGUCAAUGUGGAGGUUGAGACCAAGUCCACAGUGGUGAAGGAGGGAGAUGCUGUGAAGAUGCAAUGUUCCAGUGAGAGUAACCCUCCUGCACACAGCUACCAGUGGUACAACAUCACUGGGGCUCUGCUCUCAGAGGAAAAAAUCUACAAACUGGACAAUGUUUCCCGACACAUUAGUGCCUUCUAUUGUGCAGCCAACAACACCGAGGGGCACAGGAACUCCAUUCCAGUAAAGUUUCGCGUGGAGUACCCUCCGAGGAUUGGAGUAGAAUCAGUCUGUACUGCAAAAAUCACAGGGGUGCACUGUCGGUGCCUGGUAGAGUCCAGUCCCACCAGUAGAGUCCAGUGGAUCCUUGCAGGCACUGUUGUAAACAACAGCACAGUCAACAGCACAGGUGCAAAGGAUUCUGGGACUCUUCAUAUACUGCAUCUGCCCCUGGGCCUCACUGACAUGGUGUCCUGCAAUGCCAGCAACAUACAUGGGAAUGACAUACUGGCACUGCAAACCAACCAAAGAGGAGUGCUGAUGGCCAUCUACCUAUCGGGCUCGGCUGCUUCUGCCUUUGUGCUCAUAGCGAGUAUUUUAGUGCUGUGGAAAUGUUCAAGACGAAAAAAAUGUGUGGAAACAAGGAACAACCUCUACAUAACUGCAAGCUUCAGAGAUGGAAAGAGACCCAGUAAAGACUUGUGUGCUCUUGAAGUUGAUGAUGACAUUUAUGUUAACUGUGGGAAAACACAUUUUCAAGAUGAAGAAGAAGAGCAGCAUUAUGGAAACUGUUGUCAAGAAGAUAUUUAUGCAAAUAUGUAAUGGCAUUAAAAUUGGCUAGUCUUGACUGUAUAUAAGCCUCUCUUCUACUCCAGGAUUUUUUAUUUAUAGCCUGCAUGCGUAGGUUUCACAUAUGAUACUUCUCAUCUGAUAUAACUGUGCGUGGUGUGAUUAAUAUACUUAUUUACAUUUACAUUUUUACAUUUACAUUUUACAUUUUAGUCAUUUGGCAGACGCUUUUAAUCCAAAGUGAUUUAGUGCAUAGGUUCUUCCACAAGUUAAAGCCUCUCAUCCAUAAGUAGUAAAAUACACAUCAAGUGCUAUUCUAAACAAAAAAUACAGUCACCGUAAGUGCAAGUUUUUUUUUUUUGUUUUUUUUUUGGGUUAGACAAGAGGGAUA